UUACACAGUUUGAUGCUUGCUUCCAUUGAAACCCUUCCUUUACUGAAAAACAUAUCCAUCUUGAUAUAAAAAAGGUUUUAUGUUGUAUACAGAGAUAGACGUGGUGGCUUUCUGCUACCUAUCCUUCGUUUUUCGAUGCAAGCUCACACCCUCUUUUGUAUGGGGGUUUUUUCUUUUUCGCUUGCUGUUUAUGCCUCCGAUAAGGUGAGUAUCAAGACGGCAAGGAAGAAACGAUUCAACCAGAAUAGAUGGAGCAUUGUUUACGAUGGGUAUAUCCUACGUAAAGAUCUUUCUAUAACAGAAGGAAAAAAGAAAAAAAAAAAAAAAAAAAAAAAAAAACCACGCAUGAUGCCACUUAUAAUUCGUACGACUUCAAAUAAGGUCAUCUGCUAAUGGAAAAAAAGAAUGGGACUGCCAAUUCGAAUUCAACAAGUCGAAUGAUUCUAUAUACUUUGCUAUAGGCGAAAAAA